CACUCUCAACACACAAAACCCUUUGAAUUCCUUAUAACGGAUGUUGUUACAAAUACCCUAAAACCCUAAUCUCAGUACGAGCAGUUUCCAGCCACAAAUCCAAGACUCUUCAAAAAGAAUGUUUCAUCAAGACAACACAACGCAACAAAGUCGUGACACAACGACAAGAACACCAUCCUUCAUGUCAAACACUCUUUCGAGAAACCCUAAUAGCAGCUCAAGCUCCGGAGCCGCCGGGAGAUUCCCAAGGUUUGGACUCAACGUCGACGACGAUCUAGUUUCAUCCGUGGUUCCUCCGGUUACCGUUGUGCUCGAGGGACGUUCUAUCUGCCAACGCGUUAGCCUAGAUAAACAUGAGAGUUAUCAAAGCUUGGCUUUGGUUCUGAGGCAAAUGUUUGUAGAUGGAGCUGAUUCGACUUCCGGGACUGAUGAUCUUGAUCUGUCUAACGCCAUUCCUGGACACCUUAUUGCUUAUGAAGACAUGGAGAACGAUCUCCUUCUUGCUGGUGAUCUCAGUUGGAAGGACUUUGUUCGGGUAGCGAAGAGAAUUCGAAUCUUGCCGGUGAAAGGGAACACAAGAAAGGAUAGAAGAAACGAGUGAGUGAGAGUAGAGAUAACGUUUUGCCAACGAUGUCAGAAGAUGUUUUGUAGCAGCCUAGCUAUGUGUCGGUGAUUCCCAAGGGCAUUAUUGUAAACUUACUACCAUAUGUGUUUUCUUCUUUGUUCGCUUAGAGCAUCCGCAAUGGUGAAAGCUCACCAUGGAA